UAACGAUAAAAACAGGACAGCUAAUAUUAAUGGAUGAAAGGUUAAUUGAACUCUUGGAGGACCUCUCAGAUUCUCAAAAUGACGACCGAAUAUUGAAUAUCAUGUUAAAAAGGUGUAUGAAGGCACCGAUGUCAGAGUUAAAGAUGUUCUUUGAGGAGUUAUCACAAGUUCUACAUCGCUCUCCAAAAGUCUAUCUACCAACUCUUCAAAACCUCAUUUUUCAUUUUUUUAAUAAUUCUCCACGAACUAUUUUACUCCUUGAUUUACAACUUCUUUGGUGUGCAUGUUUGACUGAUAAUAAACGGAAUAAUGAAUAUGUAUUUGUUCUCGAGACAACGAAACGCGUCUUUAGUGCAAUUUUAAAUGAGGAAGGUGCAAUGGAAGUAUUGAUUUCUGAGGUACAUGGUCGUCGAUGUCUCAAACGCAUGUUAUUCGAUUUAAACAUAUUAAAUCAGCUGGAUCGAAAAGAGUUACUUAGGGCAGUGGACUUGGUUGUAUCUUUGGUGGAAAAAUGUUCUGAACAUGAGGAUGUUUCGUCUCAAUUAUCGGAUGGAUUUUCUACAUACAAAGCUUGUGCGGCAUUAUUGGAAACUUUAAAAAGUUAUCAAAAUUCAAAACAUACACCGUUAAUUUCAGAUAACUCUUUGCCUCCAAUGUUACAAGAUAUGGUCAAAAUUAUUAGGGAUGUUGAUGAGGAAAAACCAAGGACACAACAUUUGACUAAGAAUAAGAUGAUUUCUUUGUCUGUUCAGGAUGAACAGUAUUUUGCAUUAUUGAAAAUGGCUGUCCCUCAUAAAUUAUCAGAUUUGCCAAACAUUUUGAGAGCUCUUGAGCAACGAAAGAUAGAUUUGUUUCAAGAUUUGUUUGGAUUUUUACCAUGUACAAACUGUCAUGAAAGGGCCCUAAUUUGUUUUUUGCCUGACAAAUACUCAUCACUUAAUGAAGAAAGAGAAUCAUCAGAUAAUCAAAAAAUUUCUUUAUCACAAGAACGACAUUUCCGUCUUCCAUUUGAAUUUGACAAAAAUGACAAACUUGGACCGUGGGAUAUAGUGCUCAGCGAAAAUUCGAUCAAAGAUAUGAGGAAGCUAAAAUCACCACACACAAUAAGAGCUGUUAUGAAUAAACUCGGACAAAUAUCAUCCGGGGAAUGGGAAAAGCAUGAUCUUCGUCAUAAAAUAUCAUCUCAUAUUGUUCCUGUCUAUAAAGUGGAGAUUCCCAAUAGCGAUGGCUUAAUAAUUUUAUGGCAAGUUGAUUCUGGGUUCUCUAUCCGUAGUUGUUCUCUCACACAGCACGUGAAAAUCUGGGCUGUCACAAAUAAUCAAGAGCAAAUUUGUGAUACAUUAAAAAAUCUCAAGAUAAUUCAUCAGAUCUAUACUGAUGAGCAUAAUUAUCGGUGUGUAACUCAAGAAGUGGGCAGUAUUAUCUUGCCAAAGAAUUUUGAUGAUGAAGAGGGGACAAAAUCUUCUGAUGGAGUGUUGUAUGAUCUCGAUAUGGAUAAUGAGAGAAUGUUGGAUAUUCAUAAAAUGCUUGUAACAAAUAAAUUUAUUCCUUUAUCAACGAAUUUAUACAAGUCACUCGUCAUGGGAGGAUCCGAUUUCACUUUCCAAGUAUCUAAAAUUGAGUACGAGAUAAUUAACAAUCCUACAUCGGCGAUUGUUAUAGGUCGAUCGGGGACCGGGAAGACCACUUGUAUCGUGUUUAGACAGGUCGCUUCAUAUCUAGCAAAUCAACUUUACAAGACUCCAUCUUCUCAUGAUAUCCAGACGAAUUCCUCUAAAAGGCAAAUAUUCAUCACGGCAAGCUACAUACUGUGUCGCAGAAUAAAAGAAUACUUUAAUAGUCUACUAGAGUCAGCAGCACUUGCUAAGAAAAAGAUAUCUAGGUCUGAGUUUAAUGAAUAUGCAAAGAAAAAAGAGGAGGAAGGUAGCGGCAUUGAUGUAAUAGAUAACAUGUUGCUUGAAGAGGGAGACGAGGAACUGGAUCUAGGAGGCAUCCCAAAUUCAUUCCGUCAAUUAAAAGAUCAUCAUUUUCCAUUGUUCAUUACAUACAAUAAGUUUUCCCAAAUGCUUCAAGGAACUUAUGGCAUUGAUUCUCAGAAAUUGAUUACACAAUCAAAGGCUUAUGCGGAUGAUUAUAAAGAAAAAGAAGACGAUGAUGAUGAACUAAAUUCCAAAUCUUCAUCUGUCAAUAAAUUAAACUUGCUACGGAAAAAUUUUGUUGACUACAAAAGUUUUCAUACAAAUUAUUGGCCUCAUUUCAGUGAUCAUUAUAAGAAAAAUCUGGAUUGCGAGUUAGUCUUUUCUGAAUUCUCUGUUAUAAAGGGUACAAAUCCCGAAGUGGAUUGCUUAUCAAGAGAAGAUUAUCGAGCUAUUAGCAUCAAAAAAUAUCCAACAUUUUGUCAUAACCGUGAUGGAAUUUAUGAUUUAUUUCAACAAUAUGAAAAGAUGAAAGCACGGCGUGGUGAUUAUGAUUCUAUAGAUCGAACGUUAGCAAUUUUAAAUUGCGUUAAAACGAAAGGAACGAAACCACUUGGUAACCUGCAAGUUCAUGAAGUGUAUAUUGAUGAAUGUCAAGAUAAUCAUAUUGUGGAUUUCGCGCUUAUUUUGAAACUCUUCGAGCGUGCUGAUAACGUUUUUAUGGCUGGUGAUAUAGCGCAAUGUAUUGCACGAGGAUCAUCUUUCAGAUUUCAGGAUUUACGUUGCUUGAUGCAUAAAUGGGAAAAUAAUAGAAUUCGUGCGAAUUAUGAUCAGCGUGUUACUAUAAACCCGAGACAGUUUGAACUAAAUGUCAAUUACCGGUCUCAUAGUGGAAUUCUUCGACUUGCUUCGUCGGUGACUGAUCUCAUUCGGAAAUAUUUUCCUGAUUCUUUAGAUCACCUAUCACGCGAGCGUGGCGAAAUAGGUGGACCGCGGCCUAUUAUCUUUAAUGGAUUUCAGGCAGAUACUUUUCUUUUUGACGUCUUUUCUGUGGGUAAGAACGUAGACAAUUAUAUCGAAUUUGGUGCUGAACAGGUCAUCAUUGUGCGUGAUGAUGAUACUAAAAAGAAAGUGAAGGAACAAAUUAAAGGUGGUGGAUUAGUAAUGACAGUGUUCGAAGCUAAGGGAAUGGAAUUUAGCGAUGUACUGUUAUACAAUUUCUUUACUGAUUCUCCGGCUGGUCUAAAGUGGCGAGUAAUUGAGGGUUCUCGAAACUUUUCUCAUGAGAAUCAUUAUAUUCUUUGCUCAGAACUUAAACACCUUUAUGUCGCAGUAACGAGAGCUCGACAGCAUAUAUGGAUAUUCGAUGAAAAUAAUGAAGUUAGUUAUCCAAUUCGAACGUACUGGGAGAGUCAAGGACUGGUGAAAGUAGUAAGGAGUAAAGAAGAAAUCAGUACUCUCCCAACCUUGGCCAAAAAAAGCAAUUCGCAUGCAUGGAAUAAACGAGGAAAAGAGUUUUUUGAACAGAAGCAAUUUGACCAGGCUGUUUUAUGCUUUGAAAAAAGCGGAAACGAACCACAUCGCAAAUUAGCAAACGCAUGGCUUCUUCAUCAAUGUGCUGAGGACUCAAUAAAUGAUUCCGAUAAAGACACUAUUAAAUCUCUUUUUAUUCGCGCCGCUUUGGCUUUCAAAGAUUGUUCUAAACCAGUUCAAGCUGCUACAUGUUAUCGAAACAUUGAAAUGUAUAAAGAAGCCGGUGAUAUAUAUCGUGAAUGGAAUAUGUACACUGAAGCUGUUAUUGCAUACAAAGAUGGUGGGUGUUAUAAAACCGUAAUCGAUUUAUUGCAAAAACACAAAUCAGAAAUCGAUGAGAAAAUAUUCUAUCGUAUUACCCGUCUUGUCAAUAUUCAUUACCGCCGAGAGAAUAAUAAGGUGAUGAGCAAGAAAGCACUUGAUAUUCUUCCAAAACAAGAGCAAAUAGAACUCUUGAGAGACCAUGCACCAGAAGAACUUCUAGAGGUUUGUGAGAAAAAUGGCGAGUUUCGUGUUGCCGCUAAAGAUCUACGCUUGCGUGGUAAAUUCAAAGAAGCUGCCGACCUAUUUAUCACUUCAGGCAGUGAAGAGGAUGUCAUGGAGGCAUUACAGUGCCUCUUACAUUUAUGCCGAACCAAUAUUUUGAAUAAAACAAUGAUGGAUAUUUCGAGUUCGAGUACAAUACAAGACCUACUUUUAAAGAUAAACAGAUAUGUCACCAAAACAAAAUCACAAUCGCUAAUUAGUUCUGAGCCGUGGAAAAAAUUAAUGAAAGAAUUUAGUUUAUAUGAAAGUUAUUUAAAUGCGGAUCUCGAUAAAAUUGGCGAAUGUGCUCAAUUUUUCAGAAUGUGUGGAGAACUUGUUGCAGAAUUUCGAGCAAUAAACAUAUGGCUACAUAUCCACCAAAAAAUGUAUAUUCAAGCUGAUUUCUGGCGCGAACGACUACUAUAUCUACUGAGAUUAUGUGAAUUAGCUUUCUCUUUUAUAGCUCCAUAUCGAAGUCGUCGAAAUGCCGAAAAUAAAGAGAAAAUACACAAGAAUUUUGAAGACAUCUUUUUUGUAAAUGAGGUGGAGAAUCGCCCACGAGAACGGAAAAUUUCUUCUGACAGUCCACUUAUUUGCUUCAUAAGCAACAUGAGUAAAAUGAAAGUUGACAAUGAUGUAGAGGGCGUGUCAGAAAUCACGGAUGAUCGACAUGUCUAUGAUGUUGAAUUUGUUCACCUAAAAAUUUCUCAAUUCCUUGCUUCAUAUAUCUAUGAACUUAUUUGGAAUAUUUAUAGGGAUGGUAAAAAUAUUCCAGAAAUAGGUUCGCGAAUUUGCCCCAGGUUUACGUCCUGUCAAAAGCAAAAUUGCAGGAAUCAUCAUGUGAUACCAACACCAGCAAUUCUACAUGAACGCGUAUCACUUGCAUGCCUUCAGUACAUUGUAAUGCGAAAAUUAGAUGUGUUGUAUUGUCGUCGUCUGCUUAAAGAUGGGCAAAGCAAGGAAAUUCGUGGCCCACAAAGACGAUGGACAGAAAAUCUUGUUACAUAUCAUAUUCGUUAUCAAUCACCACAGACAAGUUGCCCAGAAAUCACUUAUAUGGUGCUUAACAAACUACCUAGAUAUACGCGAUAUGGAUUUAGCAAUCUUGCUAAAAUAUGGUUAGAUGAUUGUAUCUGCAAUUUUAAGGUUAUGUUAAAAUGUAUGUUUGUUUAUCAGCAGCAGCGAGAUUAUUUUGGAAUUCAAGAGUUCUACCGGAAAAUGUCAAGAAUCGAACAGCUAUCACACCCUGAAAAUUUACCCCAUGGAUUUGAAUACCACGGUGGAUAUUAUCAAGCAAUCCCAGUCGGAAGGAGGCUUUCAAAAUUCUUUCAUUAUCUACGACGCGACUAUAUAGUUGAUGCGAUAUUAGAAAUAAAAGAGUUCAUACGAUACACUAUAAACAACGCUGAUUACGUACAUAUGGAUACACAUGAAGCUUUUGCGGACCUUGCAUCUCUCAUAGAGUUCUCGACAUCUUUAGUUUUUGCAAUUGGUCCUGGACAAUGCGAUUUUUGCCUUCCACGAUCCUAUCUGAUUAAUUAUUUCAACGCGUUCAGAGUGGAUCCACUCUUUCCAAGCAAAUACAACAAUUACAAUAAAACAGAGUAUCUUGAUGCACUCAGGAACUCUUUUAAUCAAGCUGAACAUCUUCUUUCCUUACUAAUUUAUAGUGGCAAGUCAUAUCAAAUUAUUGUUCUUCGGCUAAUACGGCUCUUGGUUCUUAUUGGUCUGAACGAACCUGCCUUAAAGCCAAUGAUUUUUGAUCUUUUCAGACGCUUGAAUAACCAAUCUCAAAAAUUUCAAAAUCAAUUUAUGGACUUUAAGAAAUAUGUAGUGGAGAGAGAAAUCGGUCGUCUUGUUGGCAUUAUAAAAAAUGAUCUAAGGGAGACAGGCUGUGACUCAUUAAUUAUUGUUUAUUAUAAUUCGGGAGGAAUGUCAAAGUUUUCUGGCUUGGAAAAUUUUGGAAUCACGAAACUUACAUAUAACUCAAUUGAAGGAUUUCGAUCUUCUCUCUAUAAGAUAAUGUCCCCAGUAGUUGCUGAAAAAAGAUUCACCACUAGUUUUUCAACAAAGGAAUUGUUACCGCGACGAUCCGAUGGUGGAAUGCAGAACCUCAUCCCAAUUUUCUCCACCUCUGUUGAUAACGAAGAAGGUGAUGAUACCUCUGCUGAAAAUGAGGAUAACGAAGACAAAGAACAAUUAAUUUCAACCCGAUUCUAUCAGAUUCUUGAUUCUCCAGAAGCCCAAAAAGCGAUUAAAAAAAUCAAAGACUGGCUUUCUCGAAUUCUCGAUCGGCAAAAGUCCCGCCAUCUUGGUUGCGACCAUAUAUUGGACAAAGCUUAUAGCGAUAUGCAGUUAUUCUGCCAAAAUGCAUCACAUUGGGAUCCCAUCUUGAAAGAGAAGGGGAAAAAAAAAGUGCUACGCAUUUACAAGAUUCUCUUGCGAGGGCAUUCUGUAGAUAUGAUCGUGAAGUUAAUUAAGUUGCAAGGAAAAAUGGAUUCAAUUAAAGAUAAGUUACAAAAAUCAGUCAAUAACUUUUCGGAUGAUGACAAGAUCGAAAAUUGUUUGGAACUUCUAGAUGAACUUAAGUACAUCCACUAUGAAAAUGUUAAGCUUUCAUUAGAAGCAUUGUCAACUGAAAACAUAGUUAAGCAUGAAGAAGCAAACAUCGGGUGGCUAAAAAAUGAAUUGUUGCAGGCGGAGUGUUUCAUCGAUCAAGUUUCAGAAUGGAUAGAUAAAUGCAAGUUUGUCAUGAAAUCUGGAUGA